UCGGUGCUCUCGACUCGCAAACGACGCGGCUUCACUCCGAAGUGCGUGUGUUUUAUUCUGUGUGUUUGUUGCCUGUUGUGGCAGAGUGCGACGUAUUGGUGUGCUUCUAUUUGUGUGUGUAUGCGUGAGAGGGCGCCAAGUUAUUGUGUCUUUAGCAACCAGCAGCAGCAACAGCAAACAGCAACAGCGAGAACCAUAAACAGCAACAUUAAACCACCUGCCACAGCGCGUUGCUAUUCAAUAGCAAUAAAAAAAACAGACAAAAAGCAACAGCAAAAGCAAAUAUACACAUAAACACACUCACGCACAAAGCUGACAGCCACUUCCCACUGACAAUUUGCAUAAAGAAGAAACAACAACUAGACAGCGAAAUUGUCGGAAGUUGUGUUUAAACAGCAUCUGCAGCAAAGGAAAGCGAAAUAAAUUCGCUGCGCGCAUAAGUAGGCAACAGUUUUUUGUUGUUGCGGCCCACAAUGGAAAUGGAUGUCAAUCGCCAGGCACAACACAAUGCCAACCUAAUGACCAUAUCCGCCCGCUGUUGUCCCACCAACAACAAUGCAGCAACAGACACAACAGAAGCAGCAGCAACAACAACAACAACAGCCACGUCUUCGUCUUCGUCGCCCUCGUCGUACGGUUGUUGCGGCAUCUUGAGUCGCCUGUUCUGCGUGAGUCGCCACAAGGCGACACGCUUGGUGGCAGGCACUGAAUGCAGCCAAACCGAAACACUAUUCAUGCAACGCAAAACACUAACGACUCAGCCAGCGGCAGCAGCAUCGCAGCGACGUCGACGCACCCCUCAAGAAAUCUAUUUCGAGAGUCGCGGCAAAUCCUGCAAGAAGCUAUUGAAAUUCAAUGGCAAUUCCAAUAAGAUAUUGCUGUAUCCUGAAGAGGGAUGGGCGCGCACCGCCUCCUCCAGCUACUGGACCAUCACGCCCUGCUGGUGGCAGCCGAAUCGUUGUCGCAUUGUCGAAUGUUCUGGCACGCAACGGCAGGCAACCAGAGCAAGGAUGUUGCCCAUGGAGCAGCAGGGUUCGCUGCUGAUUGCCGGACACUUUCGCAGGCCGCCAAUAACAGCGACAGGCGGUGCAACAACACCAGCAACAGCAACGCCACAAGGCUUCCGUGAUGGAGGGGAUGGAGAUGGUGCGAGAGGAGCGGCGGGAAAUGGAAGUGGAAGCUGUAGUAGAGCGCAGUCAAAGUCAAAAUCACAGAUGGCUUACAAUGAUGAGUUCAAACUGUAUUUGACAUCGAACAUCUCGAUGGAGGACUACAACAUGGGCUACUGCCUCACUGGAUUCGUCGAGCGUCGUUGCCAACAGACAAACACCUUUCAAAUGACACAUUUUGCUGUAAUCAAACGGCAAUGGCCACCACCGUCCAAUCUCAGCAACUCAUAGGCAGGCGGCAGCCUUGUGAGUACAUCAAGCCAAAUACCCCUUAGUACGUACGUCAGUAUUGAAAGUCCACUCUGUUUUUGGACUAACUAAGCAUAGCUCUUAAGUAGUCCAAUUUGCAACAAUUUGCUGCAACUCUCUGGCCUCGUCAUUACGCUGAACAACUACUAGUGCUAUGGAGCCAUGGAGCAAUAAAAAGUUACAAAAAAAAAGAAAAGACUAGCAGCGGCCGAAAAAAAAUUACAAAAGUUAGAACGUACUAAUUACGCCAGGCUGAAAGUUUCCACUUCUCCUUUAAUUUUUGUUAAAUAUUUCUAUGUGUGUAUUAGUGCGUAAUGUGUAAUUUUAACUAAAUGCUCUAGACGUGCUUAAUUCGUGUGCUUUCAAUGUUAUAUGGUAUAAACUACGAAACUGAACAAAACUAAAUAGCAAACAGAAACAAAAUGAAAAAAAAUAUAGCGAGACCAAAAAAGUAACUUCGUUAUGCCGAAGCCGAAAUACCCUUGCGGAGAAAAGCCAUUAAAUUAUAGAAAGAGGUAUUCUUUAAUAAAUUCAAAUAAUUUCGACUAUUUACCAUCAAUUAAUUAUUUUCCAUUUCGAUUUCGAUUUACAAAUGAAUUCCGCAUAGCAAAUCUGCAAGGGUGCGAAAAUUCCAAAUACAAAUAACUGCAGAAUAAAAAAGUAGUAGCUGUUAAAAGCUAAAAUGCAUCUAAACCGCUUUGCUGGCCCCACACACCAACACACCAACACUCACACCCUCACGCACACACACAUACUUGCACACUCGUACACAUAUUGCGUUUAAGUCCUGACGCUUGGCCAGCUACUUAAUGCUUAAAAAGUGCAACAAAUUGAAACAUGUGCUUGUCGAAGCAUGUGAUUGUGUGCCAAGAGGCAUGCGUACGUGUGCUCGCAUUUGUGUGGGUGUGAGUGAAUAGUAUACGUGUAUAUGUGUGUGUGUGUGUGGCUCUUUCCUUACUACUUAAAGCUCUUCAAGCAGGCGAGCUUUGGCGUAUUGCCUUUAAGCUUAAAUAUGCACAGCGCAUACGAUUGUUUUUCUUUUAUUUUAUAAUUUUAGCUAGCAUCAAUGCGUAUCAGCAUCAAUUAAUAACGCGUAGGAAUGAUUCCGUUAAACAUUAUUUCAAAGACGCUGAUCGUAUUGCUUCCCAUUCUAAGCUAUGCUCUAAUCUAUCACUAGAAGACUCACUAAACAAAAACUCUCUUAUCUCGUACAUUCUCUCACACUUUUUGAGCAUAAACCGCAACGUAUAUCAACAAUUCGUCCAAUAAUUGGAGUCUUUCGGCGCAACAAAUGGCUUUACAGCCACUACAAGGCCGAAGCUCCAAUUGCCAAAAACCCUAAGUGUUAAAAAUGGCAAAAAAGAACCGAAAACCAAAAGAAAAUGACAACUUAAACCAAAGUUAAUUAAGUAGAUACAAAAAAAAAAAAGAAAAACAAACAAAAGAAAAAAUAGAAUUUUAAGUGCUAUGCAAAUCAAAGCCAAAAAAUAUUUACAAAGAUAGAACUUAAAUAUUAGUAAACUGAACUACAGAUAUACAUAUAUAUAUAUAUAUAUAUAUAAGAUAUAUAUUAACUAUUUAUGUGUGUGUAGGCUUGAAGUGAACUCAAAGUUUUUGCCAUAAUUGUAUCGAUGUACCAUUUAUAUAUGUAAAUUUAUAUAUAUACAUAUAUAUCGAACUAUGUAUACAACAACAAGACACGAAAUCAAUCACUAACAUUUUUGCAGUAGUGCAUAGCUCGCUUUUAGGCGCUUUUACACGCAGGCGAAAACUCAAAACAAAACUAACAAAGUAAAGGAAAAUGUGUUUGUAUUUCUAAUCGUAUAUAUUUUACAAUGCUAUUUAUGUAGUUGAUUUGCAUUCUCACUACCCACAUGCAGCUUCGCUCCGAAAUUGAUAUAUAAGUAUCAGGUACCUGCCAGAAUAAUUAUUAUGAAAGACAAAGUAAAAACCCAAAAAAAAGAAGAGAAAUAAAUAUAAAUGUAUUACAAAAUGAGCAGUUUCACACGUCCAAUUUGAAAGUCCAAAGGCAUUUAAUUAAUUUUUUUUAUAUACAUUAUUUAAUACUCCCAUAGUUAUAUACACAUUUGAUAAUAUUGCUGUUUCUCUCUUGUGUUUGGAAUAUAAUAUUUAUCAGCGCUUAGUUUAGCACAAAAUGAAAAGAAAACACUAAACAAAAUAUUCUAUACAUAUUCGGAGUGCCGACUAUUCAAUACCCAUAAAAAACUUAACAGCAAACAGAUCAACUAUCGCCACAUGUAAUUAACUGCAAACUGUAUGCAAAUAUGAAAACAAAUGCAAACCAAAAAUGCAAUGAGCUUUUUUUGUAGCAAAUCACAAAAAAAAAAAAUAAAUAAACAGUCGUCGGUAAACGUUGAAUGGUUAUAACAAAUUAAUUACAAACUACAUUUAUAAAACCAACAACAACAACAAAAGCGAAAGCGAAAGCGAAAGCAUCACUGAACCUGCUAAAUGGGUUAGACUUAAAAUUAAUUCAUUUAAUUAAGCUGCAUUAUAAUAACACAGAUGAACAGUUGCUAAUAUUUUCUCACGCAAUUGGCUGAACUCAACAAUUAAUGCUAAUACAAAUUAAUAUUUGAAUGCCAGAGAUUCGAUGUGGAAAAAUAACAAAAACAAAAAAUUGAAAAUUCGAAAAGUCAAAUAAACGUGAGACAAUUUUUUAUUAAAAACUUGUGAAAUCAAGUGGAUAAGUAAACAAAUAAAGUUAAAUAGUCGUAGUUUUGGCCUGCUGCAAAGUAGCAAAUUCAUAAAAAAAAUGUAAAAAAAUGCAAAAUUGAAAAACCAAAAAAAUAAAAGAGAAAGAA